GGCUACGUUCCCACAUUCCGGAAUAAAAAGCUCAAAAUGCAGGGCUGUAACGAAAAUGCAAUUUUCAUAUUAAGAAACAAAACGAAGGUGGAAGGGCUGGUAAAAAUGAACAGCACACUUGUAUUAAGGCCUUGCCAAGCAAAGUUAGGCGCAAGCUUUGCCAAAUUCUUCAAUAUCCUUAGAGCAAUGAAGGGGAUGUAAAUGCUAUGAACCAUACACCUUACCCUAGUAUUUCGAGUUCGGUCCUAAGAAGGCCAAAACAUUCCCCAUCCAUUGCACAAAAACAGUAAAAAGGGUACAAGAAAAUCACAAGGAAUUACGUCACAAGAGACCAUCACAGAUAGCAAACAAUAACAAAUAAGGCCGACUGUUAGAAGGUAGAUGUCCGUCAGGAAAUUAACUCUGAUUAAAUUUCAUUCAAUGAUCCUAAGAGUUUGUGUAAGGUUCUGAUUUGAUUUCAUUUGAAAUUGAACUUUUUCGGCAUAGUUGUGACCCAGAAAGUUGUAUUUCUUUAUCAUCUCAACGAUUGGUUAUUACUUAAUACUUCAAUUUUAUCAAAUUUCUUGCAACCUCAAAACUUUUGUCAGUUCUUUUGUCAUUGUUUUGUCAUUUUAUGAUUCUUUUGUCAUCUAUACAAUGGAUGCUUGGAGGUAAGAAUAAUGUAUGAGCAUUCGCCAUGCCUUCAGUUGUAUUGUGUAAGUACACCAAAAUGCAAUUUCCUUGUCUCUUUGGAAUAAAAAAAUUAUUUCGUUUUGAGAUGCGCCUCCUGCAAACAGGAAACCGAACAUUUUUGCGACCACGCCCUCCAGAUUCGCUUAAUGCACUUCAAAGUAUUUCUUGCAGUCGUUUCCUGUAAUCGUUUAGAAUUUUUUGCAAUUUUCAGGCAUGCUUUUGCUACGUUUGAUCGAUUCCAAUCUUAAAUUGGAAUUCAUUACUUUAAGAGGCCACCUAGAGCUCGAGGCCCUGGGGCAACUUGUCCUCCUUGCCCCCUCUCCCCUCGGCAGCACUGCCUGGAUUCUAGUGGCAUUUCGCGCCAGCCUCGUAACAGAGUUACGAAAAACAACGAUGGAAGACCAAGGAUCAAGUUGACAAGCGGCAAGUCCGGCAAAUGAAGGUCACUUGAUUGUUCAGGAAUGCACUUCAAAAUAAAGCAACUUACAAAGAGUUCAUAUUUAGCUAGCUUCCUCCUGAACCAUGGAGAGUAUUGACAAGGAAAUAAGAGGCGAGAAAUUGAUUUCUUUUGAUGAUGGGGAUCCAGGCAGCCCUGAAAAUUUUGUGAUUGCAAACCAUGACACCACUCCAGAACCACAAGACACCCGGUCGAUGUCACUGCGACAGCAAGCAACGAGAGACAGCAUUGCAGACGAGCUUUGUAUUCCUGUCAAUUCAGAAGUUGCACUACAAGCUGUCGCUGAGUUUGAACUCUCUGUCGAUUAUGAUUGUCCGGAGACCAACGAUGGCGAGAAUGUCACCAAUGAAACGAAUGUUCCACGUAGCUCUUCUGGUCAGCCCAGAAAAGGCAGCGUUCCAGACGAAUUCGAAAUGUUACUUGCAAGCACAUAUGUGGAGGAAGCUUUCUAUGGCAGGAAUGGAUUCUUCAUACCAGAAAAAAAGCAGUUAAGGCUUUACUAUUGGUAUAACCAGUCGGUUGUCCGCUUUGGUUUGUUUAUUCUGAUUUGGACAAACAUGGCUUUGGUAUUGUUUGAGGAUCCCGCUGUCGAUGGAUGGGGUCUUCCCCACUGGGCAACAAUGUCCUUGGAAAUGAUUUGCCUGAUUGGAUACUUCGGCAGACUGUAUCAUGCCUGGGCCUUCAUGCCUAAGUGGAGGCAUUGGCAAGAUAGAAAAGUCAUCAUUGUGCUAGGUUGCCUGUUGGCUACUUUGAUCGACAUGGGCUUGUACAUCAUAUUAAAAAACACAGGACAUGACAAGUAUGCGAUCAGAUGGUCCAGAGUCUUGCGACCAGCCUUCAUGAUCAAUUUCAGUGAAAGUCGUCAGAUACGAAGAGCAAUCAGAAACAUUCGAAGGACCUUACCUGAGAUUUCCAAUGUUUUGUUUCUUUUGCUGCUCAUAAUAUCACUGUAUGCGCUGCUCGGUUUGAAGCUGUUUGGCAGGAAGAAUCUUCAAACAUUAGAUGGGCGAAAAUACUUUGGCGAUUAUUUUGACAUUUUCUUUUCGCUCUAUAUUCUCACUACGACAGCAAACAAUCCAGAUAUCACAAUGCCAGCGUACAACCACAACAAUUGGUACUGCAUCUUCUUCAUUAUUUACGUCAUCAUCUGCAUGUACAUAUUCGUCAGCAUCUUCCUUGCUGUCGUUUACAAAAAUUACAGAAAGCAUCUUAAGAAUGAAGUGAAGGCGGUAGUGUACCGAAAACGACGUAAUCUGCGUAGUGCAUUUGAAUGUCUGAAGACCAAAAGAGACGGAAAAUUCGUGAUAACCUUUCACCGUUGGAGGGCUUUAAUGCAUUAUAUGGCACCAAAGACCAGUCCGGUGCAGGUGAUGCUCAUGUGGCAUGUUUUGGAUGAGCAUUCUAGAGGUUAUAUUUAUUUCAGAGAGUUUAUGUUCUUGGCUGACCUGUUAUCUGUGAAAAUGAAGGAAAUGACAAAACAGCCGCAGUUUUUUGCCCGCGUUUGGCCCACGUGUUUCAACAGUGGAGCGGUAACGUUUUUAAGAAAAUGUGUUGAGCACAGAUUCUUUGGGUAUGUGUUCUAUUUAAUCAUUGUGGCCAAUGCAUUUUGCAUCGCCUUCGAGUACGAUGGAGCUGAGAUUGCAUUUCUUGUUGUAUUCAAUCUGGAAAUGUUCCUCAAGUUGUUUACGUUUGGAACUGGAAAGUUUUUCUCCAGGUUUUGGAACAUCUUUGACGUUCUUGUUAUUGGUGGAGCCACCAUCGUGGCAGUUAUCGAGGGGAUAUUAGAUAAAACAUUAGCUGGUUUGGAUGUUUUAAUGGUUCUUCGAGUAUUACGACUGUGUAAGAUUGUGCAAAAGUACGACAGGUUCAAAGUAAUUGUCAACACCAUUAUGCAAAUUGGCCCUGCCAUGCUUACUUAUGGUGGAAUAAUUUUUAUAUUAUACUAUGUUUACUCCAUAAUUGGCAUGGAGGCUUUCGCUGGGUACAUGCAUGAACUGCCAGUUCCCAACAGCACGAACCGCUUGGAGAUCUUUCCGCCAAAUUGCGGAGACCAGCGUUUAAAGGGAUCUGAGUAUGUGCGACUAAACUACUGCGGGAAAAACUUCAACGAUGUUUUGAAAUCAUUCAAUUUGCUGUUUGAUUUGACUGUUGUCAACCAGUGGCAUGUACUAACUGAUGGCUUUGUGCGCGUCACUAAUAGAGGCGCAAGACUUUAUUUUUUCUCAUUCCAUUUCCUUUGUGUAAUUGUGUUAUUGAACAUUUUUGUAGCAUUUGUUUUGGAAGCUUUCAUGCUCCAGUAUACUUUUUCUAAGACUAAAUACGAAGCUGCUUUGGAGAAGAAAAUUCAAGAAACAGGAGCCGGUUCGGAAGAUGAUCUUAGCAGAACACGACCCCAGGAGAAUCGACUGGAUGAAAACUUCUCGAUUGUAGAUUACGUUCAGAAAGCAAGGGUCAGUUACAAAUUGAAGAAACGAAAAACGAAAAAUGCUGAAGAGAUUCUCCAACAGAUGUUUGAAGAUGAGCUGAAUGCAGACGAUCUUGGGCCAGACUUACAAGACUUUGAUGAGCUGAACGAUGCCAUUGAACAUGAAAGUGAUGCUAAGUCAAGGGCACUCACGUUGAAUACUGUUGAUGCUGACCUGUAGGCACCAACGGUGCGCUACCAGAAUGAGGUGUGUGCUAAUUAAUGGAUGCAUACAAUUCUUUAUCUUUCCAUGUUAAUCUAUAUUUUCUUCUUCAUAAAGAUUUUUAACAACUGCCUUUGAAUCAGUAUGUGAAAAAUCGAAGUUUGAAUGCCUGCCAUCUUAUUUCCCCACGAGUGUUGCUCUAGCCAUGGCAUAUGAGAACAGAGGAAAGAUAUUUGAGUCGAUUAUCUCAUAUGCGAUCUACUGCCUUCAGUUUGCUAUCGUUAGUGCUUUAAAGGAUUGCCAGGUUUGUUUCUCUUACCACCGGCUUACCAGUGUUUUGCAUCGAGCUCCUAUAAACCCAGUUAUGUUUCUUAUGUUAAGAUUAAGGUUGAAAAUAUCUAGCUGAUUUGUUGCGGUCGAGCCUUCUGCGUUAAUCAUUUUGACGGCUUGUUUUUAUAUAAAUUGUCAUUUUUUGCUUUUUUGCUAUUACCAACACAGAUUCGUAAAAGAUUUUUGUAUUGCUAGGAUUCAAAAUCGAAAAUAAAUUCCUAUAGAUUAAUUUGCGAAAUUAUGUUGUAAUGUAUUUCUUCAAAUAUGUGAAAGAUAUGAAUUGUAGUGACUUAUUUGUUAGAUUAAAAUGAUUAAUUGUAGAAUAUUAUUGAUUUGUGAAGAAAUUUAUUUGAUGUUAUCUAUCUUAAUGUUUGAGAUUCAAGAUUUUGAAAAAACCUCUGUUUAAAUUUGCA